AAUUUUACUCUUUCCUCCUUUCGGGUUGAACCGUCGCAGGCGGGGGACGCACUUCGGCCCGACGAGAAUGUCUCGGUCGUCUCUUUCGUAAAUCCUCGCCCUCCGCUCAUAAACCCUAAUUCAGCCUCCGCCGUCCUCUCCGCAAGCCUCCUCUCCAAGAGGAAAUGGGCUCCAAAAGGAAGGACAAGCACAACAAGCGAAAAACCGAACCUUCCAAUCUCGAGUCGAAGGUCGACGACCAUGAAUCCGCCGGCGGCUGCUCUGUCGGCGGCGCCAAGAUCAUCACCGACUCGAGGUUCGCCUCCGUACACUCGGACCCGCGGUUCCAGAGAGUCCCGAAGCACAAAGCCAAGGUCGCCAUCGACUCGCGGUUCAACCGCAUGUUCUCCGACAAGAGCUUCUCCUCGUCCGCCGCUCCGUUGGAUAAGAGGGGCAGGCCUAAGAAGCAGAGCUCCCGGAACUCGCUUCGCCAUUACUAUCGGAUCGAGGAAGACGGGGGCAGAGAAGAGGAGGCUGAUGAAGAGGAGGAAGAGGAGGAGGUGGAGGAGCAGAGAGAGAGUGUGGCGAAGAGAGCUGAGUUGAGUGAAGAGUCGGCGGAUGAAUUGGAAUCGGGAUCGGAGGUUGAGCUGGAGGGUGGUGGUGAGUCGGAGUCCACUACUGAUACUGAUGAAGGAGGAGAUGAGGAUGUUUAUGAGGAAGAAGGCGUUGAAGUGCAGGAGGAAAACAUACCAACUAUUGACAAGGAAACUCGUAGGCUUGCUGUUCUUAAUAUGGACUGGAGACAUGUCAAGGCUGUCGACUUGUUUGUCCUUCUAAGCUCUUUCCUUCCCAAAGGUGGUCAAAUUUUGUCUGUGGCUGUCUACCCAUCUGAAUUUGGGAUCCAGCGUAUGAAAGACGAAGAAAUUCAUGGCCCUGUUGGGCUCUUUGACGAUGAUGACAAUAGGAAUGAGGAUGAGGACGAUGGUGAGAUUAAUGACGAGAAACUGCGUGCAUAUGAGAAAAGUAGACUGAGGUACUAUUAUGGUGUAGUAGAAUGUGAUUCGAGUGCUACAGCUGAUUACCUUUACAAUGCUUGCGAUGGGCUUGAAGUUGAAAGAUCAUCAAAUAUGCUUGAUUUGAGAUUCAUUCCUGACUCAAUGGAGUUUAAGCACGCACCUCGUGAUGUUGCAACAGAGGCACCUGUAAACUAUGAGGCUGUAGAUUUCCAAACUCGAGCUCUGCAGCAAAGUAAAAUCCAUCUAACAUGGGAUGAAGAUGAGCCUGAUCGUGUGAAGACCCUGAAACGAAAGUUCAAUGCUGAUCAGCUAGCUGAUCUUGAACUGAGAGAGUUUUUGGCUUCCGAUGAGAGUGAAUAUGAUUAUGAUCGUGAGGAGGGUGUUUUGGAUGAUCAACCAGAUAAGAAGGGGAGGAAACGUGAUAUGUACCGUGCUUUACUCGAGGGAGGUAAUGGCUCUGAUGGAGAUGGGGAGGACGAGAAUAGGGAUAUGGAAAUAACUUUUAAUACUGGCUUAGAAGAUUUAAGCAAACGCAUAUUAGAGAAGAAAGAUAAGAAAUCUGAAACAGUUUGGGACGCGCAGCUCAGAAAACAACGUGAGAAGAAGAAUGCUCGGAAGAACAAGGCCAAGGAUUCAUCAGAUGAUGAGAGCAGUGACACUGUUGAGGACAGAGUUGAGCAAGAGGACGACUUUUUUGUGGAAGAGCCUUCAGUUAAGAGAAGUAAAAAGGGAACUCGUCGGAAGAAUAGUAAAGCAGAGAACGAGCACCAAGAUGUAGAUGGGGAAGGAGAAGCAAGCAGAGCUGAGCUUGAGUUGUUGCUUGCUGAUGAGAAUGGAGCUGAUACUGGACCCAAGGGGUAUAAAAUCAAAGCUAAAAAGACCAAAGGGAAGAAGGGAGAUCAAAUGCCAGAUGAUGACAAAAUACCAACCGUUGAUUAUAGUGAUUCCCGGUUUUCUGCUCUUUUCACUUCCCCACUCUUUGCUUUGGACCCCACCGAUCCACAAUUCAAGAGGAGUGCUGCUUAUGCACGGCAGGUAGCACAGAGACAGCAUAAGGGCGAUCGUCCAGAGUCUGUGGAGAACGAUGCUAAGAAAAUUGCAGCCAAGAUAGACUUACCACCUAAUGACCUGGAGAGUGGGAAAGGUGGGCUUCCGAAAUCGGAUGUCUUGGCCGCAAGGAAAGAGAAACAUGAGUUGUCUUCAUUAGUGAGAUCACUCAAGAUGAAAUCCAAGCGAGUUCCGUUGCCUUCCAACAGCAAGUCAUCAAAGAAAGUAGACAAAGUUCGGUCUAGAAGACAUGAAAGAAAAGGUGAACAUUGAGUAUCAACAUUACUACUGUCAAUCAACAGAGAAGGAAUGAGUUUCUGAUGGAAAUCAACAUAGAGAGAUGAGUUUUCCAAACGACAGUCUGCUGCAAGCUCUACUGCAUAGAAACAUGGUUCUAUGCUGCGCUUAUCGAGCUUUGGAGGAAUUUCUGUCAAUCUUGUGCGGUAAAUGUGCAGAAAGAUAAAAUGGUUUGUGUUAUUUCUGGUUUUCAUGUCUUUGGCCACACAUUCUUGUAUCAUUCUCAGCAUCGUCAAUGUACUCUGGUCGACCCUACAGGGUCAUCGUCGAAAGGAAGUCGUAUUCCAUAUUUCGUGUUCCAAAUUGUCUCUUCUGUUUCUUUUUUCUUUUUCUUUUUCUUUUUCGUUUUCAUUUUUCUUUUUGUCUUUUUCUUUGACUGUCCCCUCUUAAUUAAUAAGAGAAUCAGCAUCCCCAGUUUUGAUUUGAUUGUGGGACAUCUUCUUUGUUAUACUACAUUUAAGAUUCAUUUAUUCGAGGGAGAAUUGUUUU